GCGAAAGAUUGAUUUGUCUGUAGACUCUGUAGCAUUAUAGAGUGGGUUGAUUGGCAUAAAAAAUCUCUCAUUCACUCCACCGUCUCUGUUCCUGUUCCUGUUCCUGUUCUUGUUCCCGCACUCUCUCUCUCUCUCUCUGUGUCGCUCUCGACACACUCUCUUUGGGGAAAGGGUAAAUUCAGAUAUGGCAAAGUCACACAGACGGAGGUCGUCUCUCAACGCACUCUAGGUUUUCUCUAAAUUUCCAUUCUAUCGAUCCUCAAUAAGUGAAGGUUGUUGCUUUAAGGAGAAAUGAGUAGAAGCAGCAGAAAACGCUCUUCUAAAUGGGAUUUGGCAGAAGAGCCUCAAUUUGAAGAUGCGAAUGUACAAGACAAUGGUUGGAUGGGAAAGCCAGGUAGGCCAUUUCAUCAUAAAGAAUCUGGACGAGAGUGGCUUUCUUCAGAGCUUGCUGGUAGUAAUGGUUCAAAAUGGUCUGGUUUAGAGACAAAUGACAUGCAGAGAUCUAAGCACGAUUUGGGACUUGCAUCCAGGGAACCUUUGCCUGGAAGCAGAGGUUCACAUAAGAUUGAGAGCAUCAAUAAGGGCAGCAACAGAUACAUGGAUGACUCUAUGGUGUGGGAUGGAGAUGGAAAUUGCAGCACGAGGAUGUCUCCUGGUCUUGAUGAGUGGAGACAACAUCGUAGUCGGUCCCCAAAAAGUGGUUGGAGCAGGUCACUGAGGGGUAGGAGUAGAAGCUGGAGCAGGAGCAGGAGUAGGAGCCAGAGCUGGAGCAGGAGCCCUGAUCGUGGCUAUAGGCGGGAAUCAGUUUUCCUUGAUAGAAAUAGAAGCAGGUCAGGAGUUUCAGCUCAAUUAUGCAAAGAUUUUACGGCUGGGAGAUGCAGAAGAGCUAGUGAUUGUCAAUUUCUUCAUGAGGGUAGUUCCAAUUAUGAUGAUAGCUGGGAAAGUAGACACAGGAAAGGUGGUGCUUCAAAAUACUCCCCUGAUACCGGGGACUACCCAUUGAAGAGCGGAAGAUCUUCUGUGUAUUGUACUGAUUUUGCAAAAGGGAAGUGCCGGAGAGGGUCAUCUUGCAAGUUUGAUCACCACCGUGCUUCUGAUGGAUACAGUAAAGGUUCUAUGAAUGAAAGGGAAAAUGAAAGAAGGAAAAGAGAUGCUUCUACAGAGCGAGGUGCCGACCGUGUACCACACAGGAGCGGCGAUAUUCCUUGUAAAUUUUUUGCUGCGGGAAAUUGUCGUAACAAAAAGUAUUGUCGAUUUUCUCAUCAUAUCCAAGCACGUGCUAGUCCUGAAAGAAAGUCUCGGGAUGGUCGGUGGGGUCUGUCAGAUGCAGGCCCAGCAUGGGAUGGUCCAAGAUGGAGUGAUACUGUGGCUCUGUCAGAUGCUGCAAAGUUGACUGCAGAUAAUAACGGAAAUAUUAGUGUAACAGAGCUAAGGCCCAGUGCUUGGUCUAUGGAUGAUAACAGAUGGGGGCAUGGUCUGAACAAUGAUAACCAAAAAUGUGCCGACCCAAGUGUUACUCAUGAAGCAGCCCAGAGGAAUGAGAAGGAUACACAUCUGUGGAAGGAAGAUAAUGUGGGUGCUCAUGUGGGCCUUCCUAAAUCAAGAGAUACUGAAAAAUGGCUUGGUGACAUGUCUCCUGAUUGGAAUUAUACGGUACAAUCUUCCAACCAUGUUGGAAAAGAAGAGCAUAGUGGCAAUGCUCUAGGUUCAGAACCUUCAAGUCAGGUGCAUGGUGCUGCUUCAAUUAUGCAACCAAUGAUAGCUGAAAGAUCUAAUUUUCUGCAGAACAAGGAUAUGAGGGAAGAUGGUGCUAUUCCCUUGCUUUAUGAUGAUAGGAAUCCAAUUGAAAAAAAUGCUAGUUCCCGCAAUGACCUGAAUGUUUCUGCAAAUAUCAUGCCCCGCCAAAGCUUUGACAAUAGUGGCCAGAGUUCAAGUGCUUUUCCUUUUUCAGGAUUAAGCACAGUUAGACAAGGUCAAACUCUGAUCCCAACUCAUCCUCAAGGAGGAGGAAUUGUAAAAAGUCCACAAGAUACACUUUCCUCAGAGAGUAAAUCUGUCAUCAAGUUAGAUAUAGGGGAUGCAAAAACAUCACUAGAAACAUCACUAGUUACUGGAAUUCCUCAAGUUCCAAAUGUUGUAGGUGAUAAAGAGCUUGUGCAACUUACCAAUCUUUCAGCAUCUCUGGCUCAGUUUCUUGGAAAUCACCAGCAGCAUUCACAGUUUUAUGCUGUGUUAAAUUCUCAUAAUGCUCCACCUCCCCUUGCCAAAUCUGACGGAUCUUCUGAGCAGCUUUCAGCAGCAGCUAUUCAGCCGGAUCCAGUCAUAUCUGAGAAGCCGUAUGAUCCUAUACAGGAUAGUAGAGAACUUAGAAACAGCAACAAUCCUAUGUUUCUUCUGCCUAAUAAUGCUGAAAAAACACGUGUUGAUGGAAAAGUAGACAAACCAUCAAAUGUCGUAUCUCCAUCUUCUUUUCCUAGUGGAGCAAAUGGUAACGAUUAUCUUCAGGCUCAUAAUUCAGUAGAACCUAAACAAAAGAACUGCCAGUUAAGUCAGCUGGAGCCUCUUGCAAAAUCUGAGAUUGUCAAGGGAAAUAGUGAAUUUGGGGCUCAGGAAAGCAAGAAUGUAAAAGAAGAAAGCAGGUCUCCAGAUAUUGGCCCCUUGGAGGGCACAGAAAAAGAUGGGGCUGAAGAAGGCAAGAAAUCAAAGGAAGUGAAGGGGAGCCGUGCAUUUAAAUUUGCUCUUGUGGAGUUUGUUAAGGACCUUUUAAAACCGACAUGGAAAGAAGGUCAAAUCAACAAAGAUGCUUACAAAACUAUCGUGAAGAAAGUGGUUGAUAAAGUGACCAGUACCAUGCAGGGGGCUAAUAUUCCCCAGACACAAGAGAAGAUUGAUCAUUACCUGUCAUUUUCAAAACCGAAGCUUACUAAACUUGUACAGGCAUAUGUGGAAAAAAUGCAGAAGGGCUAAAAGAGACGGAACUUGAGUUUGUUUAUUUCUGUUCUGUUUUCGACAGGCCAUCUUAACAUUCCGAGUGUAUUUAUGCUCCUACAGCCUCUAGACAUUGUAGUUUUUUAUCCUUCUUUUGAUGUAUACUAAUUGGUGCAAGGAUAGUUGAAACUCUAGGCUAGAUAUAGAGGAUGUUAGAGUUUAUUUUCUUCUUCGUUUUUUUCUCCUGUGUAAUGCUGGUGCUUCUUUUGUUGCCUUUUUCUUUCCAUUUGUUUUAAGUAGCAAAUUUUAAGAAUAUAUUGGUGCAGCUUUGAAUAAUUGUGGUUAUUUUCUUCUUCUUUUUU